CGAGCAGGGGCUCGCCGCCCGCACGAUGCGCUGCUCCGCAAGGUCGUCCCUGCCGCCGGCGCGGCCGCCGCUGCCCGGGCGCCGGCGCGGAGGGACACUUACAGAUCUGCAGUGGUUGCAAGUGCUUUUCUCAGAUUGAUGUCAUGCCCAGAUUAACAGGAAAGCUGUUGCUGACAGUCUGCCCCCAGUAUGAAAACUGCCUUGCAAGACAACUCAUAGCAGCUGACGGCAAGCAACAGCUCCAAGAUAUUCUAUGGGGACUGUACCAGAUCCUCUGAGAUCUUCCAAACUUUCCCUAGUCACAGCUUCUGAGGAGAAAGAUCACCUGGGAGACCUGCAGUCUGCUAAGCACCAGCCCAAACAACCAAGUCGUGAAGCAGCCAGCAAUGGCUUUUCGUACACAGUGUCUGAUUCUGCUGGAGUUUGUUCCCUUGACUUAAAAUGCAGCACAGCUGCCGACGUUCAGACAUGUGAGAAACACAACAGGGAUGAUGCUAGCUGUCAGGCGGCAUUUUCUCCUGGGCUUGUCGGCAAGGCUUCAGAGGGGCAUCCUGCAGGCGUAGAGUCUGCUAGUAACUUGCAGCCAAAAGGCAGUAAGGAACUGGCAGUGCAAGCCCUGACUGCAGAAGGAGCCCGUUCAGCAGGGCACGGGCCAGAUAUGAUGCCAGCCCCCCAGAACUCCCGUCAGUUUGUGCAAAACAGCCAAGCCAAAUCAAGUUCCCUGCCACAAAUGGAUGACUCUGCAUUGAAACCUCAGGGGACUGGUGAUCAGCCGCUUGAGGUUUUAAACUGUUCUUCCCCAGACAACCCUAUCAGGGGUAGUGAGUCCUUUCAUACUUCUCAGGCAAACAUUCUGCAAAGAGGGGAAAAAGAAAAGGGAACAGAAAAACCUGAUCCUGCUGUGUAUCAGUCAGCCUCUCCAGCAAGGAACACUGAAGGUGAUCUGAGGACAAGUCCACAGGUUGGUUUGGAGGCAGAAAGCAGGGCUGCAGACACUGUGCAAUUGUGUCCCACUGAUCAAAGUGCAGUAGUUCAGAGCAGCAAGUCACCAGCCCCAGUCAGACAUGAGAGUACUCAGCCAGUGUGCAAUGCAGACAUUGAGGCAGUGAGUUCAGGCCUGACCCAGCUCUCCAAGUUCAGAGAAACGGGUACAAUGACAGUGCAGAAUGAAAACAGAUCUUUAACUCAGGAGGCAGGAAACAGGACAUGGAGAGAUGCUGAGGUUCAGGCUGUGGCCAGUGUGGAGAGCAAAUCAGCUUCCACCAGCCCCAGUAUCCUUUCUGCCUUCUUAAAAGGGAACCUGCCUUUGGAGGAAAAGGAGGAACUGCACAUCAUUUAUCAAGGCAGUGGGGGGCCGACCCAGUCUGAACUUACUGAUGAUUUGUCCUCACACCCAAAGUCCCCUUAUUCUUCUGGUAUCAUGUCAAAAUCAACUGUUCUUACAGCUGUGACCAAUACAGCCCAAACCCAGGCUGCUGAACUGCAAAAAUAUUCUGCAGACCAAUCUAACAUAGUCUCUCCAGCAUCAGCAGAUAAUGCAACACCUGCUCUGCCCUGCCAUCCUGCAGCUAUUACCUCCCAAGGGACAUCUGUGAAUAAUGCCCAAAUGGUCUGUGCAGACAGAGAUAGCCGGGGUGCUGCUCUGAUGCCCUUGGACGCUCCAGUCCUGCCAAAGGCGAUGCCUGUCGACCAGCUCACAGUUAAUACCAAUAAUCAGACUCCACCACAGUCUGGUUGCGGUGAACCAAACACUGUUUCAGCUGCAAUAGUCCCAGAAAUCAAGAGCAAUGUGCAACAGCUUGUCCAGGAGACAGGAAGCAGCCAGUUACCUUUACACUGUAAUACACACAGUGAAAUCAAGCAGAAAGAAGUCCUGGGCAGCUCUGAGCAAAAACUUGUGCAGUGUAAGGAUGUGAAUGAAGUGGAGGCAAUUCCCAUUCAAUCUGCGGUCAAACCAAAGGAAGAAACCUGGAUAGUGCUUGAUGUUAAAGGAGUGAUGAAUGUUAGCAGUGAACUUGCUCCCAUCAGCAUAAAGGCAAGUUCAGAGGAUACAGGUGAAAAGGAGCAUGGCAGAGACCAAGGAGAGAUCAGCCAGGCUCUGAAGACCAGCAGACAGAGUCUGCAGGCAGGAUCGAUACCUGAGUUAAGUGCAGGUUCAGCUCAUGUCACCCCUCACUUGGAGGACACCCAGCAGCAAGGUCUUCAGGCCAAGGAGUCCAGACAUGAGCUUGAUACAGCAGCUCUUCCUGCUUCAGCUCAGGCUUUGCCAAAUCUUGGGGAAAACAAAAAGCAGCCCACCCCAGCCAUGGAGGCAAAAGUACAGGUGAAGCAGUCCAAGCAUGUCAGGGACGUUGUGUGGGAUGAGCAAGGCAUGACGUGGGAGGUUUAUGGUGCUUCCCUCGAUCCAGAAUCCUUGGGAAUUGCUAUCCAAAACCACUUACAGAGACAAAUACGUGAACAUGAGAAACUGAUCCGGGCUCAAAACACUCAGAACCGGAAAUCCAUUUCCUCGGAUACAUCCUCAAAUAAAAAACUGAAAGGGAGGCAGCAUAACGUGUUCCAGUCCAUGCUGCAGAAUUUUAGGCGUCCUAAUUGCUGUGUCCGACCUGCUCCUUCCUCUGUGUUAGACUGAAAUGGUUUGCAGGGGCGGAUAGAUGUCUGCAAUGGUAUAGAGACCCCCCCCCUCCCCUCGAGUCUUAAGUCCUGCUGUUCGGUUGUGUUGUUGGGAUUGUGGUGCAGCAACAGUGGAGAUUAUUCCCCUUCGUUCCCCGAGUAGUCGCUCCAUCAUGCCUUUCCUAUUGCCACAGCUGGUGUAUUUCCACAUGUGCCCCCACCCGUCCACUGUCAGAUGAAAAGCUAGGCACUUAGCAAAAGCACAAUUUUAAAUUGCUGCAGGGAGAGCAGGACGUUCUGAUAAGGCAUGAAGCAGAGAGAAGAUUAUCAGAAUUAUUAGCAGAAGUGAUUUUUAUGCAUAGCAAGCUCUUAUACAAGAGGAUAGGCUGGGGGAGGCUGGAUGAGGUGAAACUAAGGUUAAGCAGCUGUAAACAACUAAUGCUCUCCAGCAAUAGCGGAAGACAACUUUCCUUACGUUUAAGUUAUCCACUCUGAGGCAAGUUUAUGAACAGGCUAAGGACACUGAUCAGCCUCUGUAAGGUGCAGUUUUCAUGGCAGCCUGAGAGAGUCGGGUCUUACCGUCCCAUUGAAACGUAGAACCAAGGAAGGAGUGAAGAACAAGGUUGAAGGAUUGUCACUUGGGAGAAGAAGUAAGUUAAGCAAAUGGGAUUUUGAUGGCUAGAGCAAGAGGUGUGUGUGUGAGAGAGAGAGAGAGGUAACUUCUGUGGGCUUUUUCUCCUUUGAAUCAGACACACUUAAGAUGUGUGGAAUGUGUAAGUAGGCAAUAUGGACAGGUAAGGUAAAACAUGAGAGUGCACUUAACUAGAUGUACCCGUGCCUGUCAGCACGGUGCUGUCCCUUGCGCUGCGGUGCUCCAGCCAAGUCUCUCGGAAGCAGCGAGUGGUUCUGGGUUCUCCAGUGCUCUGAUUCUCCAGCAGCACUGAACACCUCUCUUCUAUAAAUCGCUUCUUAAAAACAGGCAUCUUUUUCUUUAGAGGUGCGUGCUGAUGUUUUAAAGUAGAAGUAGGCUAUGCUGUGUAUCUGAGUCCGUUAGCCUACAUGUCUAGUGUGUACACUGUUCUAAUUUUUUUCCUUUUAAGUCUUUGUCCAAAUCUGGUUUUUGGUGUUGUAGUGGUAGUAGCAGCAGUGGUAGUAUUCUGAUGAUUUUUUUGCUGCCUUUCAUAAACUUAAUACCAUUUAAUUAGCCUGUGCAUAUUUUAUGUUUUACUUAAUGCUAUCUGUAUAAUAAAGCAUUAUAUUGUUAACUUGAAACAUUUAUUUUACAGAAAUACUGAAGUCUCAAGACAGCCUUUACUGUAUUUCUAAUGUUAGAGAAGUUUCAGAGUGUACUAAUAAAAGGUAGCUUAGUGACUGUUUCUCCAGAAGUGUGAUGUACAAUAAUGUCUCAAAUGUUUGUCACAUUUCUCAGAUUAAUAAUAUUUUCCAAGCUGAGGAAUGUGCUUCCCACUAUUUUUUUUUAAUCCUGUACAUUAGAGUCCAUGGGAGGUUGGGAAACUCUGCAGUUUGUAGAAAAUUCAGUUUUCAAUCUUGCAAGGCAUUGAGGAUUUGCAUGUUGCAAUCUUGCAGAGGACUAGAGCUAAAUAGGAAUUAUUUUUAUUCCAUUAAAGAUUUUUCAUGAAUCAUGAUGAUAAUUUAUUUCUAUCUGUAGUACCACACACCUGACUUACUGAGUAGAUCAUCUUACAGGUUUAUAAAGUGUAAAUGAUUUUUUUUUUCCUGAGAAGCAGCUCUGAGGUGACACCUUUUUAUUCGGGGGACCAACAUUUGUGAGUAUAUCAAAUGUCAGGCCUUCAAAGCAGCUGUUUAGGGACAAUUUUUUCCUAAGCAGAGGGGGUAAAAUAGUAUAAAGUUUCUGAAAAGUAAAAUAUUUUAACCUAGUCCAAUGAAAGCUGUUGCCUGUAGUCGUGGUGCUGAAUUGACUCCUCAUUUUCCUCUAGCGUAUUUGUAGGGUUUUUAUGGCACAUUCUUAUUCUGCUUCUGUAUAUUAUUUUAAAUCAUUUCCCACCUAAUGCUGAAUUGCUGAAUCUGAAGUACCACAUUAGAGAGUGUCUUCUCACAUCUGCCUACUAAGAGGAAAGUUUCAUCUCUUCUGUUAUUACUGUUUCUAUUGCCUUCCUAGCAGUGUCUGAGAUGUGAAUUUCAUGUGAAAUUUUGUGUGGGAUUAAUAUUGACAGCAUCAUUAGGUACGAUUAGUUGGCAUGCUCUUACCAUGUUGUGUCUGUGUCAGCCCUAAACAGGUUCCAAAAGUUUUCCAUGGUGUCUUUGUUGUUUCCUGCACCGAUCCAAGGCUUCGCACUGCUCCUUCCUGUGUCUUCAUCUCCACUCUGCCCCCUUCCUCUUUAGCUGCUGCCCAGCCUGUCUCCCUGUGAGUGUCCUGUGAACAAGCUCACGUCCCUCUCUCUGUCAUCCUCCUUAUUAUAGCAUUGUGAUCCAGCUUACUCUGAACUGUCCCUUUACAAAUGUGUGCAGUCUGAAUAUAUAAAUGGAUUGUCAUAUUUUUCCAGAGGAGAAUAAACGGCUAUCGCGUAUUCACCGAUUUCCAUGAACUUUAUCCUUUAGCUCAAGCUCUCCAAAAUACUUCUAAAAUCUGUAUAUGAAUUGCUUUAUUGAGACUAAGCUUCACUUGGCAUUUAUUAGCAAUGGAUGAGCAGUGUGCUGCACCAGCACUGGAACUAACUCUUCUUCGUGAGGAAUCGGAGAUCUCUCCCGGUACCCUGCAGCUGCUUCUAGCUGUGAGUCUUCACCAGCCUUGUCCACCCUCACCCCCCACCCUAACUAACCUUUCUUCCAGGGAAGUGUCACCAAUACAUACAUACAACAAAAUGCUGAUGGGUAGAUGCCAUACCAAGCGGAUGCAUCUAAAUAACUGCAUGAGCAUAGCUGGAGAAACUGUAGUGGUCAGCAGAGCAUCAUGCUUUUUUGUUCUCUGAGAAAAAAUGCUUGAAGAACAAACUGAAACAUGUCAGUGACACUGUCUUGUGGACACAAAACUCCAGCAGAUGUUCACAUCCAAGCAAUAAUGUGCCAAAAACAAAUGCAUAAAAAUGAGUCAAUAAUCACCAGCACAUCUCAUGUAAAAUAUUUUAUGUUUUCACUUUGCCCUAGUAUGGCAGAAUAUAGGUAGCCUGUUAAUUUGUCACCACGUUAUGUUUUCUCCUGCAUACAAUGUCUGGAUGACCACAUGAAUCCGUGUAGGAAUGAUGAUGUUUCACCAACAGCAAAACAAAUCUGUAUCUUGGGUGAUGAUUAGCAAAUAAUGUGCUUGUGUGAGUGGUCUAGUACCAGCCAAGAGAGACUGUUGUUUGUGUCACAUCAGUGUCAAAAACAACAAUGUGCUUGGAGUGUGGUAAGGCAGAGGUUAGGGAAGGACAAGCCAUGUGCUUUCACCCUGCUCUUCCUCUGCUCCGUGAUCAGAAACACACUGCAUUGGUCGAGUGGUUAACAGUCACGGAAAUUCCUUCAGGGUAAUAAAAAAGAGGCUUCAAAGCUGAAAGAAGUGCUUUGUCACUCUCAAGAGUCAAUCUCUGUGGGGGGAAAAACAACGGGGGGAGUGGUUGCAGCCAGCCAGGUGAAGUAAAGGUGAAGUAACUCUUAGUUCCAUUUUAUUGCCAGAUGAGAAAAUUGUGGAGCCAAGCUAAAGGUCAGGAAGCUGUUCUCCGUUGGCUCGUCUUCUGGGAGGGUUGGCGUGGCCAGAAUCAUUCUAGGAGUCCUUAAUAGAAGCAGCGAAUGAAAGUGGAAGGGUUGCUUCAGGAGCUUUUUACUAGGAAAGAUAAAAGUGAAUGUAUUUUGAUGUUUCCAAUCAAAACUGAUUUCAAGCAGGACCUCGAUGCAGGCAGUUUGCAGGAUAGCCCUGAUUUGGUGUGAGUCUGUGACGUCCAGUACUGCCCGGGUGUGCUUAGCUGGUGUCUGCCAGCUUUGCCUUGUCUUGGGUAGCAGUGGUGAAAUGAAGUCCUGCCUCACUUCUGCUGCCUCGUUUUGGAAGAAGCAUAGGGGAAGAGCUGGAGGGGCAAGGAAAAGCCUGUCUCACCAUUUCAGAGCAAGAAGCUGUCCCUUUGAGCGUACAAGAAAGAGUUGCUGAGAAGAAUGGGGAGGGACCAAGAGAAAAGCAAAACUGAGGUGAUGUAGGUACUUCAGAAGGACUUCCAAUUCUUCUAUCCACAAAAGCAGUUUUGCUUAAUUUUUGCAGUGCUCCGCAUUUGUUCUGAGCUCACACAGUUUUCAUUUUCCUGAUGUUUCACAGCCUUUAGGAUUAAGAACAUUUCCGAAGAUGGUGUAUUUUGUUAAUGUGCAGAUAUAUACAAAUAUGAUUCAGCAAAACUGACCUAGUAAACUAACAGUACAAGUAAGUGAACGAUAUGUUUAUUACCACUACUAUCACAUAAGGGCUUGUAAAAUAGACAUUGUAGAGAACUACAUUCAAGGGAUUCAGAAAAAGUGAAUAUAUGGCCCAAAGAUAACACAAGCAUUUAUCUUGAAUUCCGUUACUGUUUCUGACUUUUCAAGUUAGUAGAAAUUCAAAAGAAGAAAAGAGUAUGUUUCAAAGCCUUUUGAAAUGGAUGGAAAAUUCAUUUUGACUUCCACUGGUUUUCAGUUUGGAAAUUUAAUGGAAACUACUAUAUCGGUGUUUUAUUGCUUAGCUUAGGAAACACAAGGUUGGUAAAGUAAAGUUGGUAAAGUGCCUUAUUAGGUUGAUUCUCCUUUAAUUUAUUCCUGGCCUACCCCUUCACACCUUUUGAAAAUCAGUGCCAAAAGUUACUAAGGCAAAGUAAGCCUUUCACCCCCCCUUGAUGGAAAUGCUUGCUCUGAGAGACAGCUGUUAAUCAAGCUCCUUGAUGUGCAGUGAUACUGCUGUUCCGGUGUUCCAGUUCUGUUACUAGGAAAGCUGAGGGCUAAGGUCUGAAAGAACCCUGCUUUUUUGUUUCAUAUUUUUGUAGAAGCAUGGUUUCUGCUCUUUUUUUUUUUUUUUUUUCAUGACUGUGAUGCUUUUAUCAGUCAUCAGUAUUUUCAAAGUCCAUCUUAAGCCAGGUAUGUAAAUAGAUCCCAUUCAAGUGCUGCACACUACCGAAUCUCUCUGGAGUCACGGGAUGCUGCAGGAUCAACAGGUCCGAAGAUCAGAUCCUGUACAUUGAAGUGGCUGAAGUGUUCCUUUAGGUACCCAAAUUUGAUUACUACCUGAGCCAAUGUAGCUGUUUAAAAAAAAGAGUGAAGUAUUACAGCUCAGUAAAUCCAAACUAAAAUGAACAACAGAACAACAUCCAUUUUUGAAACUCUGAGAUACAUUAUUUUGCCUGUUUUUGUGCUUUUCUGAGCAGCUCUUCCUUCAGGCUGCUUUAAAGAAGCCCUGUUACUGAGCCCUGCCACACAGAAAAUAUUUUUGCCUCUAGCAAAAAAAAAGUUCGCUGUAGGUAAGUUUGUGCGUGUGUGUGUAUGUGUUUAAAGGGAGUACACAGGUGUGCAGAACUCAUGCAUUACUCACACUCUCACAAGAUUUUUCCCUUUGCUGUUUCUGAUCGAGUGCAGGAGACCUAGCAUCUCCCACAACUCUGGGGCAACGACAGGAGGUUUAGAUGGCUCUGCAAUAUAGAAAAAAAGAAUUUUCUCCUUAUUAGGUCUCUAAAAAAUUCCCACAACCGUAGCUAAGAAAAAUAGCUAGCCAACUUCUGUGUCUAGACUAUGAACAGAAAGUGCCGUGGUUGGGUCUACAGAAAUGCACGCUGGCUCUGAAGUGCUCUGGAAAUCCACAGUUGUACAUACAAACUGGUUUCUGCACAAAGACUAGGAGUUACAGCAAGCAUCAGGGCUCAUGAGGAACAGACUCAUGCGAACUGAGUCCAUUUUGAAAUAUUAGACCGUAAGUUUUUGUCUACUUAGAGUGACCAUCUGUUGAGUAGAAAUACGUGACAAGACUCUGCCAUUAAAGUCUUCAUCAAUCUUUUGCUUAAGAAUUUUAAGCAGUGUCUGUUAGAUAUAUCCUAGCAGCUCAGCUACGAUGGUUGACACUUGUGUUAAGGGGUUUUCCUGAUAACGCUUCCCUUAGCUCGGUCCAUAGUGAAUAGUUCGAAGCAAGUCACACCCAAGCGAAAGCGCUGCCCUGGGGAAUUCAAUACCUGGAAGAGAAAGACCUGAGCAUUCAAGAGCGAAGGUCUCAGCAGCACCCUGAAAAAUGAUGUGAGUUUGUACUCAGAGUUAAAGGGAGAGAUGGUAGGUGAACUUUGAAUUCCUGGUCAUCGCAAACGCCGUGAAAAUGAUGGCCACAAAUCAGCCAGCAGCAGCAGAAAAGCAAUUUGGGGCUUCUAAAGACAAGUAAUACUAUCGUGGCUUUGUUUUUUUUGUAGUUACACUGAUCGAAUGUGAUGUGAUGUACAAAGUAAAGCUAGUUUUAGGUUUCUAGUGCACUGUAGUAUUCAUUUGAGACAUACCACUAGAAUUUUGCAUGUGAAGAAGUCUUAACGAUGGCACUUAAAUGAUUUUACUGACCUGGUCGAGUCCCUUAGGAAUUUAAUGUUUUGUUGUUUUUCAUCUUCUGGUUUCCACAAUGAUUACAAUAAAAUGAACACUGUCUUAAUUA